AUCUUCCUUCUUCGUCAAUGGCUACGAAGCAUCGGUUUUUUGUUGACGGCGUCCAACAUAGAGCAGAUCCUCACCGAUCGAGUCUCAGAUCUCGCCGGUGAGCUCCGUCGAAGCUAGUCCUCUUUCUCUCUGCCUUCUCUCCCCGAUUCAGUCCCGUCCGGAUGAAGUGAGAACACGAGGAAGUUUCUCCUUUUCGAUAUGCACACAUUCUCGAGUUUCUGAAGGACGAUUGCGCCUCUGUUCUCAUUGGAGGAAAGCUCAGAGCUCAUAUUUGUUUUAUUAGUGGGAAUGGGCGACUCGGAAGUAGCCUUUAAGCAUUGAGGAAGGAAGGAAUGAAUCGGUUAUCCGAUCGCUGCAAAAGGGGACCUUUGAUUGCGAAGCUUUUUGGUGUCGUGAAUUCUCCUUUUUGAUUGAUUGGUACUUGCUGUUCAGGGUUCACGUGAGUGCCAAAUAACUGUGCAAUCUUUACUAUUUCUCGGCCGGAGGUGAAUCCGUAGUUGAUUUCUUAAUAGCUUUACACUUCCUGCAAUGGGGGAUUGGCAUACUUCGAUUCCCUCUCUGAGUGAGGCAUUUGCACUGACAUUGACCUGCACUUACACUUUCUAGUUUCCUUUUGCUCAAUCUACUAAAAUGUGAGAUCUUUCUCAUUUUAGCCAUUGUUGUUAUUCUGCAGUUUCGGGUUGGUUCUCUUGCCGAUUGGUGUUUGCUGAAUCCGGGAUCUUUCCAGGGCAUUAUGGUUGUUUUUGGGAUCUCGUGUCUUUGUUCUCCUUUUAGCAGGAAAACAGGGAUGACCAUAACAUUUUUUUAGUUGUACCUGAUCUUCUCUUCGAAGGACAGCUAAAGUACCUCCUUUUUGCUGUCUUUAGAGUAAUCAGUUGCAGUUCCACUGUAGUUUUGACGAGAUUUUAUUGGGAGUAAAUGGAAGCUUCUAAGCCUUCCAUUCCAGCUGAUGGAGAUAGGCACAGUUCCUUAACCCCACUAAGGGUGUUAAGAGGUGUUGUGUGUUUAUUGGUGCUGCUUUCAACCGCUUUUAUGAUGCUGGUCUAUUUUGGGUUCCUGAGCGCUGUUGCAUUGAGGUUUUACAGCGUGCGCUUUAGCAGGAGAACAACAUCCUUCUUUUUCGCCAUGUGGUUAGCUCUAUGGCCUUUUCUGUUCGAAAAGAUAAACAGGACUAAGGUGAUUUUUUCUGGAGAAACUGUUCCUGCCAGGGAACGUGUCUUGCUCAUUGCAAACCAUAGAACGGAAGUCGACUGGAUGUACCUAUGGGACCUUGCUAUGCGCAAGGGAAGUUUGGGUUGCAUAAAGUAUGUCCUCAAGAGUAGUUUGAUGAAGCUGCCGGUAUUCGGGUGGUCCUUCCAUAUUUUGGAGUUCAUUUCUGUGGAAAGAAAGUGGGAGGUCGACGAACCGAUUAUGCGUCGGAUGCUCUCAUCUUUUAAAGAUCCACAAGAUCCGCUGUGGCUGGCUCUUUUCCCCGAAGGCACAGAUUUCACUGAGCAAAAGUGCCUUCGCAGUAAAAAAUAUGCUGCUGAAAACGGCCUUCCUAUCAUGAAAUACGUGCUUCUUCCCAAGACGAAGGGCUUUUAUGCAUGUCUUGAAGAGUUGCGCGCCACUGUGGAUGCAGUCUAUGAUGUGACAAUUGGCUACAAGCACCGGUGCCCUUCUUUCCUGGACAAUGUCUUUGGGGUUGACCCUUCUGAAGUACACAUUCACAUUAGGCGAAUCAAACUCGAUGAUAUCCCUACUUCUGAGAAUGAGGUAUCGUCAUGGCUAGUCGAAACGUUCUCUCUCAAGGACAAGUUACUCUCUGACUUCCACUCUCAGGGCCACUUCCCAAAUGAGGGGACUGAAGGAGAACUCUCCACCCUAAAGUGCCUAAUCAACGCCUUGGGAGUCAUCUUCUUGACGGGUACAUGUACAUAUUUCACAUUAUUUUCAUCCAUUUGGUUUAAAGUGUAUGUGGCUCUUGCCUGUGCAUACCUGGCUUCUGCGACCUAUUUUAACAUUCGGCCGUGCCCUCUUACUGUGUUUAUGAAAGCUAGGAGUAGUUGCAAGCAGUCCAAGGAUUAACUCCAACAACUGUUGAGGUUAUUUUUUUCAAAAAAACUCAUGAAUGACACAGAAAUUCUGUAUGCCUUCGAUCUCAUUUAAUUUUGUAUUUCCCUGAAUUGGCUGCUGAAGAAGGAAAUGAUUGGAUUCUGCUCUGA